AUGAAUUGUGUCGAGUAUUGCAUUGGAUGUGAAAUAUUUUGUCAGAUAUUAGAAAGCGUUCAAUAUUUACAUGAAUUGAAUCUACAGAUCAUUCACAGAGACAUCAAACCCGACAAUAUAUUGAUUGCACACAAUGUAAGGAACGGCAGAUUUAUAAAGCUAUGUGACUUUGGUUUGGCUAUAUUUCACGGCGAAUAUAAUGAAACUGACGGUACUGACGAGUUUAGUGACAGGCUUAGCUCACAACAUACGACAGAUGUAGGGACCCGGGGAUAUAUGGCACCGGAAAUUCACAUGAGCACAUACAACAGCAAAGUUGAUAUUUAUAGUCUGGCACGAACUGGCGGUGAAUUGUUUGACGUCGAUAUAAUAAUGUUUAACAGCAUACUCAUCAAAUGA